CUUACAAAUUGCAGUAGUGACGACCUUUGGAGUGUCACGCAAACAGUCCAGGCAGAGAUGCAAACGGAACGCGUAGUCGUUCUCGUACCCACAGGAACGUUCUUGAGGCAAGGUCGUCUUUCUCUGGCAGAAAUCACAAAAGGCUCUGUGGAAUAAAUUUAUCGAAGGAACAUACUACCAACAACUUAGUGAGAUUACGACAUACCCGAAGUUCACACACAGCCAUACUAUCCAUCAACAAUGAGGAAAACCUUGAGAAAGUUGCCAUCGCUCAGUAAGAGGGGAAACAGAACAACCUAUGACUACAAUUCGAUGUUCGAUGAUUUUCCCGGAGUACAGCUCGACGAGGAGGGUUUCCCGUCUUCUAGCGACAAAAGGACUAUUAUCAGCAAUAUCGAUUUCAACACGGCGACCAGCAACACCAGCAACAACCCCACGAGCAACACCAGCACCUGCAAUAGCAGUAGCAACGGCAGCAGCAUAAAUUUCUUGACAUCCCGAAUACGAACUUCUCGAGGCAGACGUCUUAGUCAACAUGCGCGUGGUCGCGAGCAGCCCGAAACAAGUGAUGGUCCACCCCUUUUCGCUAGCAUCGGGAAACCGCCGAGGAGUCGAAGCGCCGACCCACUGCAACUACGAAGGAAAUCUACAGCAACAGCAACACGUGGAAGAGAUAAUAGCGUUCGCAGCAGAGGCAGAUCCGUGGCUCGAUCUUGCUCUCCUUCUGCUAUGCGGUCCACCAUCAGAUCGCAUUCUCUAUCAAACAUCCGCAACACCUAUCGGUCGGUUUCGCCCUCGGCCAGAACCGGUCAAUUUGACGGCAGCUGCGAGACCUUCAGCGAACCAGAACAACGCGACGAUUCCAGCUUAACUAAGAGUGCACGGUAUCAAUUGGGCAAGGACAUGCAAGUCCUGGCCGACGGAAUCAAUCUCGAUGGCAACACGCGGGUGCUCUUGGCGGCAUACGACGCUCGAACCCUCGACGAUUUCUAUCUCAUGGCCGACAUCGACUUCCUAGAUUUUCUUCGAAAAGCUCGGGCGGCCAACAAUUGCCUUCCCCCACUCCAGAUCCGGAAGGUAAGAAUGCUCCGCCGGUGGCUCAAGGAUCUAGUCGACGAGAACAUGAGCGACGAGAACGAAGAACACAGUCGGAGAAGCCGGCGUCGGCGUCUCGUGCCAAAGGAUUGGGCCGAACAAUACAAGCACGAUCUUCCUCAUCUGAAACUUGAACUUAGACAGCAAGGGGACUCGCUGUUUGAACGGUUUAGCCAGUUCGGUAAUGCGUUGACAAGCGUCGUAACGGGAUGUAGUACUCCUACGGGGUAUCUGUAAUGUUGGUUUGACAGAGCAAGCCGCAGCAGUUUCAAACCAACUUCUAUUCUUAUGCAAUGCAUGCACUCACUACUAGUUAGUAUUCUGAUGACGAGAUAGCAUCCAAUGCGGUUUUUCAUCCUUUUAUCAUCCGCCAUUAUAAUAUCAUUUUUWAAAAAAAACAUGAAGUACGU